AUGAUGCCUCUUGUUGCUUUGCUGUUACUGCUCCUGGUUUCCUACCAUUCUGAUUUGGUCACAGCUUUUACGGCGACCUCUGUGCGAUAUGAUGCAAAGCCGGUUCCACUACUGGCGCCACGGCCCUCUUUCCCUGCCACAAGAUUGUAUGCGGAAGGAUCCACCGACAGCAACAGCAACACUGAUUUGCUAGCCAUUGCGAUUGCGACGCAGCUGUUGGGACUCACCGAUAUCCUGAACGAUCCAACCUUUUGGAACAAUGGUGGAUGGAUCCAACCGGUAACUUCCACGGGAGUAUCCAACACCUUGCCGGUUCUCGUGCAACGAUUCAGCGUCACUGGAAUUGCAUGGCUGGGUUCCGCCUUUUCUAGUACAGAUGGAUUGAAUUACAAGGCAGUGGCAUCACCGGAAGAGUCCCUCCAAACCGUGGCCAAAUUGCUGGUCCCAUUUUCUUUGGCGCUGGUGCUACUGGAAGGAGUGCUUGCGGUGACUUUGUAUUCGGGUGGUUCCGUCGGACUGGAUGAAGCCACGCAAAUUCUGGCGAAUGCCUUUCAACUGUGGUAUUUUUCCGCCAUUGCAUUGGUGGCAGGAAGAUAUGUGGUCAGUCGACUCCCGUUCUAUUAUUAG